UCGCCUCCUUGUACUCUGGGACGGUUAUGUUAAUCUUAUCGUUGUUCUGAUGACCAGUGGAAGCGUCCAUUUGGGGGUCGAUAUCCACGCUCCACCCAGAUAGACACAAUUCACAAGGUCGGCUGCCGGACCGGCGCCUGCUCCGACGGAUCGGAGGCACUCCAGUCCAGCGCAUACGGCCUAGGUGAGCCAUGGAGGAAGCUCCUGUGACCGCAGCCACGGGGGCCUUGGGGCCCGUCGUAGUCAAGCUGGGUGCUUUGCUGGGCAGGGAGUACAAGCUUCGGCGCCGGACUCAGAAGGACGUCAGGUUCAUCAAAUCCAAGCUCAAGUCUAUGCACUCUAUUCUUUGGGCGGCAUGGGAGAAGGAGGUUCUCGAUGCCGAAUCCAAGGACUUGAAGAAGGAAGCGCUGGAUCUUGCCGACGAUAUGCAUGACGCUGUUGACGACUUCAUCCUCACCAUGGAGUGCAGCAACAGAAACAAGCACCUGAUGAUACAGAGCAAGAUCAAAGCAAGCCCCUUCCAUGAUUUCAGGGCAAGAGUAGAUGAAGUGUCAGAUCGGUGCCGUAGCAAGUGGAAGUGGGAGAAGAACAAGCGUGCUCAACCCAUCUCCAGCUUAUUUUCAAGAAGAGACGUAAAAUCUAGCACCCCCAGCAAACCACCUCCACUUCCUCGAGCUCCAUUUGUCCGCAAGGAUGCGUCAGAGAUCUUUGGUAUGGCCGGAUGGAGGGAUGACCUCAUCAGAUACUUGGUAGGAGGAGAAUUAGAAGAACCAGCAGAAGGAAUGGUGCAGCCGCAGCUCAAAAUGGCAUCCAUUGUAGGGAUGGCCGGCGUGGGGAAAACAACCCUUGCCAACCUUGUGUAUGAGGAGAUUGGAAAUAAGUUCCAGAUCCAGGCUUUUGUAUCUGUCACUCCAAGCCCUAACAUGAUGGAGGUUCUCACAAGUAUUCUCCAGCAAGUAGGAGCUGAACCACUUGCUGGCACCCAAGCUAGGUCAGAGGAAGAUAUCAUCGACGCCAUAUCAAAUUCCCUACAAGAUAAAAGGUAUCUGGUAAUAAUUGAUGACAUAUGGCAUCGUGGAGAAUGGGACAUCAUCAGGAGGUCUUUUCCAGAAAAUAAUCUUGGCAGUAGAAUUGUCAUCACUACUCGUAUUGCUUCUCUACCAGGAGAUGAUUUGGAUAAUAGCAAGCUCUGCAUCAGAAUGAAUCCCGUAUCGAGAACAUAUGGUACGUCUGAUAGGAGAUGGCAGUACGGAUGGGAAGAUCUCGCCACACGGAUGAAGCCUGAGACGGCUGGACAAGGUUUUGACUGUAACCAUCCGAUUGCGCGCAUGUGUGGUGGUGUGCCGUUAGCACUACUUUGCCUAUUUUCAGCAAUGGCACUGAUCCGAGAGCAACAAGAACAACUAGGGGUAAAUGUGAAUGCAAGUGAUGUGCAAGAUAUGAUUGAGAAGCAAGUUAAGCAAUGUGGAAUUCAGAACACUCCAGGGUUUGAACCAUUGGUAGAGAGCCUGCAGAUUGGCUAUGACAAUCUUCCUCACCAUAUGUUGAAGACCUGCUUGUUGCACUGUAGUAUAUACCCUGAGAAUUACCAUUUUCACAUGAAUGAUUUGGUCAUGCGGUGGGUCGCUGAAGGAUUUACUUAUAAAAGAGAUGCAGCGGAAGACUAUCUCAAAGAGCUUCACAACAGGGGGUUGAUGCUAUGGGCUGGUUACGGGGCCUACCGAAUGAAUCCGAUUAUGCGAAAUUUCCUUAGAUGGAAAUCACGUGAAGAUAAUUUCAUUACUUGCAGUUCCGACAUCAAAUCCUCAUGUGCCUUUACAAUCCAUCGGCUAUGCAUUGACAAUUAUCAAGUUGAUGAUGGUGCAGAUGCAGUGGAGGGGAUGGAUCCCUUGUUUGGACUGGAUUGGUCUCAGAUUCGAUCUCUUGUUGUUUUUGAAGGUGCUAAGAGAUAUGCCCCCUUUGAGAAGUUGGAACAUGUGCGGGUGUUGGAUCUUCAAUAUCAUCAGCAACAUCUUGAAUUCGAAGAGCGUGUUCAUGGUUUUAGGGGUUUGCCAGUCAGAAAGGCUCUUGGGAAUCAUCAUGUGAAGGUUAUAUGUGGACUGCCCCGUGUGAGACACCUAUUUGGUCUAGAGGGGACAGGAAUUAGUGAGAUACCACCAGAAAUAGCGAGGCUUCAGUAUUUGGAGACUUUGCAGGUAAGAUUCACAUCGAUCAUGGAGUUACCCAAUGAGAUUGGGGACCUACAACAAUUGAAGACUCUGGCCGUGAGUCACAACCGCCAGCUAGCAGAACUGCCCAGAGAGAUUGGAGACCUCCAACAUCUAGAGACACUAGAACUGAGUUACAACGGCAGGCUCAAAGAGCUACCACGUGAGAUCGGGAACCUCCAGAAUUUGGAAAAUCUGAACUUGCAUCACACCAAACUCAAAGAGCUGCCUCCGGAGACUGGGAAGUUGCAGCAUUUGAAAACUCUGGAGGUGGGAUGGGCAAGCAUGACAAGGCUAGGAAGUGAAAUCGGAGACCUGCAUCAUUUAGAGACCCUGGACCUGAGUCACAACUUCGGGCUCACACAACUGCCUCGUGAGAUCGGGAAAUUGCAGAAUUUGAAGCGGUUGCGCUUGCGUAAUACAGGGGUGAUGAAGACGCCAAGGGAAAUCGGAGGGCUCAAGAAGCUGGAGAAUGUGGAGUUAGACUAUACAAUGGGUACACUACCCUGGGAAGCUUGCCAGCUUUCGAAAUUGGAGGGAGUGCCCGAGUGCAUCCGCCAAGCCUGGAAGAAGAGUGAUCUUGUGUCUCGUGUGCUAGCCAGGGAGAUCUUGUCAGUUAAGCUGUUUAAUGUGCUCGCACUUAGUAGCGGGGGCCUAAUUGUUGGCACAAAACACAUGGGAAUUCCACGGUGGAUCAAGGAUCACUUCAACGACCUUGGCUCCUUGGAUAUCAGGAUCUGCAAACUUGAGGAGGAGCAGGAUCUCAAGAUUCUGCGGGAGAUGCCUAAGCUGCGUUACCUCGGGCUAAGGCUGGAGGUCGUCCCGCGAGAUCCCAUAGCCAUCAGCGGUGAAGGGUUCACGAGGCUCGAGCUUCUCUUAGUUGACUGCCGCAUGCCACGGGUUAUCACCUUCCAGGAAGGAGCGAUGCCGAUCCUGAGAUGCCUUACCUUUGAGUUCCAGUUCUACGGUGGCCCACCUCCAUCUGCAAAUAGAGGAGACCCUCGGCUCGGUAUCAAGCACCUCCGCCGUCUCUCAAGUGUCGCGUUUAGCUGCAACGUGGAAUGGUAUGGAGGAGCAGCAGAGAGCAGCCCGUGCAUCAGCGCCAUGAUUGAAGUCGCCAGGAAAGAAGCCCAGGAGCAUCCCAACAAGAUCGACUUUCUUGUCUCUGGCCGACGAGAUGAGGAAUUUCCAGCAAAUGAGAGCUUGGCACGGGAGGUUUCCCAGUCCAGCAGCGCUGAGAAUGAGAUGAAGAGCCUGGCACAGGAGGUUUCCAGCAGCACUGCGACGGGCCCUGAGAUCCUGAAAGCAGCAGCAGCGUGAUCCUGGAGAACAAAUGGUUGGUGGGGGGCAUGCACAAGAUUUGACCACAGUGAGAAAAAUGGGAACAAACCUACUACUCCUCCAUCUGAUGCUGUUUGUUGUUUGCCCGUCCAAGUUAUAUUAUACUACUGUAUGUAUGUAUGUCAUGUAAUUUAAUAACCUAAGGGAGCCAAUACUGUCUCUCUUUAUUUUAGAAUCAGAGCCAACACUAUCUAGUACUCCUAUUAUAAUUUUUUUUGCGAGAAAAUUUU